AUGCUUGGAGUAGUCAUUUAAAAAACCAGAAUGGAUGUUAGAAUUGGCAUUUCGAUUAUAAUCAAAAUUAUAUUUUUUGGACUAUGGUUUUAUCAAAGUGGAUAAACAAAAUAUGAAGGAGGGCACUUUGCUACUACAUUAAUCACAUGGGUAGUUUUUCAUAUGUACAUACUUUGUGGUGAGAAGAGUUAUAUAGUGUUUGGGGAGAAUGAUAUAAACAGAAGGAAGAAAGGGUAUAAAUUGAUAGAUUCAGUUUAAUCAGGAAUCCUUAUAAUUUAUUUCUCUGUUUAGGUUUAUGUAAAUAACAAUUAAUCAGUUUUCAACAAUAUUUCAUUGACAUCUUUAUUUAUAGAUAUUGCAUUGAAUGUGGAUUAAUUGUUAAAAUUUGUAGAAAAACAAAAGGCUAUUUCAGCUGGGGUUAUUGUAGAGAAAUAGUUGACUGAAGAUGAAGAACCUAACAUCACAGGUGGAGAGAUUACACUUUACAUAUCAAUGGUUAUUGGGGGUGGACUCGCUAUGGGAGUUGCAAUUGUUAUGAUGACAGAAUUAACAAAUCAUCCAGAAUUAUAAACAUUUCCGUUUUAUACAUGGUCACUUUAUCUUUGUACAAUUGGGGAGGCAUGUUUUAUGAUUUUUGUCUGCUAUUAUUUAAUGCCAAAGGUCAAAAAACCUCCUACAGAUAAUGUUACCAAUAUUAGAAAAUACUUUAGAUGCUACCCAAGCAAACAUUUUUUAUGUAUGAUGUAUGGCUUUUGCAUCGGUCUUUUUAGCUUAUAUUACGCAUUCUUUUUAGGAAUCUAUGGAUUAGGUAAAAUCAUCUAAAAAGUGCUUUAAGUAUGUGGUUGGAUUGCUAAAAAUACAUAAUCCCGAGUUAGUCCAGUAGAGAAUUGA